GCAAACUGUCAAAAACGAAAAGAUACACAAAAACGUCAAUGUCGGACGCAAAUCCGCAGAAAAUUUCAAAGUGGGUCAAAAUUUCGUAAUUUAUCACUAAGCAAAUGUAGAGAUUUCGCCGAAAAAUGCAUAAAACUAUUACCCGUGGUGACGAGUUGCGAGUGAGCUAGAUUUUAGUGGUGAUUGCUCGUGUUCUGGUCCGAAAAGUGUAAUUCUUAAACCGCGAGACAGUUGUGUAUCCUCGACCGCAAACGGAGCAGCACCAAGAAAAGGUGAACUCGAUAAUACAAAGAGAACAUUUUUCCGGAGCGUGUGUAAAAAGGCGUCAGCAAACAUGGUCACAACAAAACAAUCGUUUGCAUUGUUUGUGCUGGGCUUAGUGGCAUUAAUUGAAACCGGUAGGUCGAAAUCCGUCGCGGCAGCUGCAGCUGGAUCCAUGGACGGAGGAGCAUCCACGGUGGGAAGCGACUUUGAUGAUCCGCCCGAUGAGGAGGAAGGUUAUUGUGCCCCGUACAAUGGGAAAGUGUGUAAAUCGUUUGUUAAGGGCAGACAGGUUUGGUACAACAGGGAGGAUGGUUCCGGCGGCUGGUUGAAUGAACAGAUAACCGCUGCGCUGUUUAGGGACUUGAUCAACGAUCUUCCGGAUUAUUGCAGACCAGCAGCUGAGAAACUGCUGUGUGCCUUUGCGUUUCCCCAAUGUGUCAUCCGGGACGGAGUAACGGUUCGAUUACCACUUUGCUACGAAGACUGUGUGGCCACGCAUCUGCAGUUCUGCUACAAUGACUGGGCCUUGAUUGAGGAGAAAAAGGAACGUGGUGAUGUGAUCAAAUCGAGAGGACAUUUCAGACUGCCAAACUGCGAGGAUCUUCCCCGUUAUAAUAAGACUGCUCGUCACGCGACUUGUUCCCAUGUCGGUCUCACCGAGCUGAUUCAAGAGGAAGUCACAUAUGACUGUCGCAUGGGAAAUGGGCGUUACUAUCUGGGGACGGUAAAUGUCACGGCGACAGGAAUACCGUGCCAAAAGUGGGACUCCCAAGAGCCACACUCUCAUCAUAAACCACCGCUGGUGUUUGCCGAGCUGCAAGAGGCUGAGAACUACUGUCGCAAUGCUGGAGGAGAAGAGCCGACCCCUUGGUGCUACACGACCAAUAAAGGCGUUCGUUGGCAGGCCUGCGAUAUUCCUCUAUGCCCUAAUUCAACCGACAUGAGUGCCACCAAGAAGCCCGUAAGCAUAGUGAUGGAAUCGGUAUUUACUCCGUCAAUGAUUUUCCUGCUGUCCGGAAUUGGGUUCGUUGCAAUCGUUCUGUUGCACCUGAUGGUGUUCCUGUGUUACCGAAUCGCACGUUACAAUCGCAAUCGCCGCCAGGGUGGCCCCGGGUACAAUACCGCAUCUACCCAAGACACCCAAGGUAUCGACAUCAACAAGUUGCCUAGUAAUGUGAAUUAUCACAGGACAGGAGCACAAUUGAAUCCUAAACUGGAGAAGCUCGAAUUCCCACGGAACAACAUCAUUUACAUAAAAGACUUGGGUCAAGGAGCAUUUGGAAGGGUAUUCCAAGCAAAAGCUCCCGGGUUGAUAGCUGGUGAGGAUUUUACUCUGGUUGCCGUGAAAAUGCUCAAAGACGAAGCCAGUCAAGAUCUGCAGGUGGAUUUUGAAAGGGAGGCUUGCUUGCUGGCAGAGUUUGACCACCCGAACAUCGUGAAAUUGCUGGGAGUCUGCGCCAUUGGGCGACCGAUGUGUCUGCUGUUCGAAUUCAUGGCCAGAGGAGAUUUGAACGAAUUCCUUCGACAGUGUUCUCCAUUCGCCCAACAGAACCGAGCCGAUAACAUCACGACAGAGUUGUCCCACGGAGAUCUUCUCAGUAUAGCGUCACAAAUCGCGUCCGGAAUGGUGUACCUUUCCGAGAGGAAGUUUGUACACCGAGAUCUGGCCACACGAAACUGCCUGAUCGACGACAACAUGGUAGUUAAGAUCGCCGACUUUGGCCUUUCGCACAAAAUUUAUCUCCAAGAUUACUACAAGGGAGACGAAAACGAUGCUAUUCCAAUCCGUUGGAUGCCUCUGGAGAGUAUUCUCUAUAACAAGUACACAAUCGAGUCGGACGUUUGGGCGUACGGCGUUUGCCUCUGGGAGAUCUUCUCCUUCGCCAUGCAACCCUACUACGGCAUGACGCACGAAGAAGUGGUCAAAUUCGUCAAGGAGGGCAACAUGCUGAGCUGUCCGGAAAAUACACCCCUGACGGUGUACGAUCUGAUGCGGAAAUGCUGGAGCCGAAAACCGGCAGACCGACCCAGCUUUCCGCUCAUCUAUCAAAAGCUGCAGCAAAUUCGGGCGGAUUUCGACGGAAAGAUGCUGAUGUAGUCCGGUUCGCGGUAAGUAGUUUUUGCUUGCCACGCAGUUUUAUUUUUAGGUUUAAGUUUUCCGACGUACUGCCAUCCCCGCUUUAGAAGUUUUUCGCAAAUGCGCUACCAUUGACGUGAGAUUUGAAAGACUUACUGACCACAAGA